CGUGACUGCCUCAGUGGUGACCAUGUUGAGGGAAAUAUCGAGGGCUCACUUCCGCUGGGCGUGCUGGCGGGAGUACGGAGCGGGAGGGGAGCAGCCGUGGGUACACGGGGAGCAGCAACACACUCUCCUAUGUCAGGUUACUGAAAAAGGAAGAAAAUGAAGACAAGGAGUGUGGUGGCAUCAGCGGAGGGGCGGGCAGCGGCGGCCAUGGCCGACCACCGCCACUGGUUCAGUACUCAACCACGCAGGGCUGUCGUCAGCCCGCACUCUCCGUGGUCACCCGUCGCCCCCCACUCCGCCCGCCCGACGUUCGCGCCGCGAGUGCCCCGGCCUCAGCGUCUCCGCCCGUUGCUUCCGUCGCGGGUUGUCCUCGAGCCGCUCAGCAGCCGGCACAGCAGGAAGAGCGUGUGUCGGCGCGGCGGAGUGAGGCCACAACAAGGCCAGUGUUGUGGAGAGGCGUGAUGAGUGUGGCGACCUUGGCAGUGGUGUGCCUCACAGGUGCAGGGACCCUGCCACGCUCAGUGCUGCUGGCACUGCACCACUUCACGCCUCAGGCUGGCACAGCCUGAGGCACCGGUGCCGCAACACCUGUGCAUCGCCAGGCACACCACCAUGAUGUCCCUCAGUGCCGGCGAGUGCUCCCUGGCGGGGUUCGGUUUGCCGCAGGUGGGAGCCGCGCCCUCGCCCAGCCACGCCCACCUGGACUACAAUGACAACGUGACGGCCUCGCCCAUGGCCGCCCACCCAGGAGAGGGUGGCGGUUCGCACUAUGUGACACAGGGAAAUCUCAUGGGCGGGCCAUACCACGCUGCGGGGCUACCGGGGCAGCUGGAGUGUUCCCUGAGCCCCUCCCCGCUGCGGCCCCUCCAUCCUGGGGCAGCCCACCCUGGAGGACUCAUGUAUCCAAGCCCCACCCCUCUGCUCCCCCACCUGCAGCACCAGCAGCACCCCCAUCAUCCCCACCACCACCCUCACCACCAUCCCCGGGGGCUGGAGCCCUACCCCGGCGGUGGCGGAGCCCCCCGCUGGGAGGCCGGCGGCGGUGCGGGGCGGUGUGGUGCUGGAGAGAAGGCGAGGCGGGAGCAGCGCAUCCGGCGCCCCAUGAACGCCUUCAUGGUGUGGGCGAAGGUGGAACGUAAGAAGCUGGCAGACGAGAACCCGGACCUGCACAACGCCGACCUCUCCAAGAUGCUGGGCAAGAAGUGGCGCUCCCUCACGCCCACGGACCGACGCCCAUACGUUGAGGAGGCGGAGAGGCUCAGGCUGAGGCACAUGGCGGAGCACCCUAACUACAAGUACCGCCCGCGACGCCGCAAACAACAGCAGCCCAAGAAACCCAGCGGGCCACAGCAGUCCUCCUUGGGUUCUUCAGGCCAGCAGGGGACGCAGCCACCGGGGAGGAGGGUCCAGGGGGAAGCCGUGACCCCGACCCCUGCUGUGAGUGUCUCCUCGUCCCUCAACACCCCAGAGACAUCCCCAGGCAGCUCCCCAGACCCCGACCCGCGCAGGGCGUCCCACCCCCACCCGCACCACCAUCACCACCACCACCACCGCUCCCACACUGGCUCCUCAUCCUCGUCCGGUGUCGGGGGAGGCCCCCUGCCCACGCCGCCAGAGGUGUCGCCUGGGGCGGGUCCGGAAGAGGAUGCCACGCCCGUGUCGCGGCUUAUCUCUAUGUUUGAGCGCGCCCCAGCCUUCCCCGACGCCUUCCACUCCCUCAGCAGCAUCGUGUCAUCCUACAACCCCGUCUCGUCCCCUGACGCAGGAGGAAGUGAAGGAGACGAUGCGCUGGAAGGCAGCUACUCACAGACCACCGACCCUCGCUCCGCCCAGGAGAGCGAGGCCCCCACACACUACCCUCCUCUGAACAGCCCCAGAGAAAAGCUCAUGUGCUGCCCAGCUGACAACUCGCCGCGGGGGGAUGCCGACAGAGUCCCCUGUAGGGAGUAUAACACGCCCCCAGCCCCCGCCCCUCCCACGGCUCCUCCAGCACCGCCACCACACCACCAGCACGCCGUCAAAGCUGAGCCGCCGUCGGUGCCGCAGGUGCCUUGCGUCUACCCUGCCGCCUCCGCCCCCUCCCCCGCCCCUCCUCCACCUACACCCAUGAUCUACGGCUACUCCCCGGCACCACACCCUCCCUACCCUACCAUGGGCCACCCGCCUCUGCUGCCCUACCAGGGACCGGCCGGGCCACACCAAGGCCACUACCCCGCCGUGGGCCAGGUGGGCCACGAUGUGGACCUGGAUGUGGACCGCGCCGAGUUUGACCGGUAUCUGAGUGGGCCGGAGUGUGGGGGUGCGGGGCGCCCACAGCAGCAGGUGGUGGGCGGGGGUGGAUGGGCGGCGCCGCACCCGCCACAUCCGUCCCAGUGCCACCCGCGCCAGGACUACCGCCACGACUACCAGGACCAGUACCGGGGGGCAAGCGAGGCCGCGUACCGGGAGGAGCAGCUGCGUCUUGAGUACCGGAGCGACGCCCUGACCCACUACCGGGAAGAGGGCCACGCCUACUCCAGGGAGGAGUACCCCGAGGAGGAGUACUCGCGGCUGCACCACUACCGGGGCGAGCGGCAGCAGUACCCAGGGGAACAGGUGUACCGGGGCUAUGAGGGUAGCAUGGGCUACCCGGGGGAGGAGUACCGGGGGCCCGUGGGAGGCGUGGGCAGCACCUUCGUCAGCGCCCUGGCCGAUGUGAGGCACGUGUAUUAUGAGACCUAGUUAAUCCCUAACCCCACCCCUACCCAUCUCUCUCUCUCUCUCUCUCUCUCUCUCUCUCUCUCUCUCUCUCUCUCUCUCUCUCUCUCUCUCUCUCUCUCUCUCUCUCUCUCUCUCUCUCUCUCUCUCUCUCUCUCUCUCUCUCUCUCUCUCUCUGUCUAUUUACCCAUCUCUCUAUCUAUCUAUCUAUCUAUCACUCUCUUACUCCACUCGGAAAACAAUAUUCACCUCUCCUUCUUCUUUUUCUUCCUCUUCUUCAUCUUCUUCAUCUUCUUCUUCUUCUUCUUCUUCUCCACCCUCUCCUCCUCCUCCUCCUCCUCCUCCUCCUCCUCCUCCUCCUCCUCCUCCUCCUCCUCUUACCGCAAAACGAUUAUUCCAACAAAUUACUUAAUCACUGAAAUUAUGUUAACUCCUGUGAACACGCAAGAGGGGCCAGAGGGGAGGGAAGGGGAGGGAUAUGGGGGUGAAGAAAGGAGGAGGAGGAGGAGCAGGAGGAGGAGGAGGAAGAGUUUGUGGCCAGUCCCUCCCUCCCCGCAACAUCCCUCCCCUCCAUCAUCCCACCUUCCUCCCUUUAUCUCUUGAACGUGAAGAGAACAAGACAAACAGGAGCGCAGUUGACCUCUUCUUGUUUAGGAAAGUUUAAUCAGUGCUUGAGCCAUCCUGCGCAUCCCAUUGUUUCACGUACACGCACACGCACAAGUACACACACACACACACACACACACACACACACACACACACACACACACACACACACACGCACGUUCCCGCCCAACAGCACAUACACACACACCUCCUCCCACUCCUCUCCACUCCACCCCACCACACACAUACACACACACGCACACACACACACACACACACACACACACACACACACCAGGAACAAAAACAGUAAACGAAGAGUGGAGGAAAAAAAAAAAGCAUCGUGGCAACAAUGCAACACCAGCCAUUCAUGUAGCUGCGCCCACACCCCUACCACCACCAACACCACCACCAACACCACACAGACCCCCCUCACGCACACUGCCCACGCACCUCCCCAACCACGAUCCCCAACACCUCUCUCUCUCUCUCUCUCUCUCUCUCUCUCUCUCUCUCUCUCUCUCUCUCUCUCUCUCUCUCUCUCUCUCUCUCUCUCUCUCUCUCUCUCUCUCUCUCUCUCUCUCUCUCUCUCUCUCUCUCUCUCUCUCUCUCUCUCUCUCUCUCACUUUUACCUGCCACACACCUUUUAAAACACCUGGCGCAAAAAACUCCGUCACCUACCAACAUUUACUCACCUUUCACAAAAACACCUGACUGAACCGGCCAGGUGAACGCAACACAAUACUCAUCGAUCCAAAACACACUCUAAACACACACACACACACACACACACACACACACACACACACACACACACACACACUCACUUAUAGAUUGGGAGGAACGUGAGGGAUUACAGAGAAGAGAUUGAGAUAAAAGUUUUAAAUUCUUAUUAAAUUGGAUACUAUGUACUUUGUGUUGAUUAAGACAGUGGAGUGACAGACUGACUGAUUUCUUUCUUUCUUUAUCUCUCUCUCUCUCUCUCUCUCUCUCUCUCUCUCUCUCUCUCUCUCUCUCUCUCUCUCUCUCUCUCUCUCUCAUAAACCACUCUUAUUAUAGCAUUUUUAUCCAUAUUGUGUUUUCCGUGCCUCCUUUCUUACUUUAAUAACACUUUCCUAUUUAUUUUCCCUAUAAUUCUUCCAUAUAACUAUUUUUUCUCACUUCCCUCCUAUAGCUUUUAUUUUUCUUUUCUUCCCUUUAAUACUCUUCCUUUUCUAUCUUUACCUACACUUUCAUCUUUUUUUUUCCUGUCCUUUUAGCUCAUUUCUUUUGGUAAUACCCACUUCAUCUUCAUCCAUCUCCUCCUUUCUUUUCUAUCUUGUUUUUCUAUCUUCCUGUUAGAUCCUUUAUCAUUUCCAUACUCAUUUCUCCUUUUCUCCAUCCUCAGCUAUCUCUUCCUUCAUUUUCCUCUGUUUUAUUCAAGUUUUUUCAUGUUAUAUCCUUCUUCUGUCUCAUUUUCACUGGUCCACCUUUCCCUUCUUCUCAUUCCUCCUCACUCACUUGCAUUGCUCCUUCCUUGCACUCCUCUCAAAGAUUGUAUUCAGAAACUCCUUCGCCUCUCACUACAAUUUUCCAAGGCCAAAAAGACACCCAGCCGGGUUUUAAACAUAAUUUAUCCUUUUAAUUAACUAGAAAUCUUGCCAAUCUAUCACCAGAACCAUAAAAAUACUCUUAAAAACACGAGUAUCUUCAACUGGAGCCUUUGGAAAGCAGUGAUGGUGGGAGAGUAAAGGGUUUCAGAUUUCGGUCUUCAGCCUCCUUUCUUUCCUUUCCGUCUCGCCCAACCCGGCUCCACCCACUCCCAGGUAGAAAGAAGUAUGUGGUUUGGGGGAAAAAUCUGACGCCCACCUCACACCGCUGACCCAAAAGAGAGGGAAAUGUAACAAUGAAACAAUAAACUAACCGCCUCUACCACUGGCAUGCUGCUGAUAUAACCCUCGAAAAAAAUGACAGACGAAAAAAGAAAUGAGAUUAUUAUGAAAUUUGAGCGAGAAAGAGAUGAUGUGAUAACAGUGAUAGUGAUCCGUUCCGUGCCAAAAGUAAAAAUGUAUUGAUGGAUAAAUGAAAGUAAGUGAAGUUUGGAUUGGAAAAGAUAUAAGGAAGAGAAGUUUAUUAUUUUCAUGACAAGGUAGAAAAUGAUACGAGGAGAGUAUGUUUUUAUUGUUUAAUAGAAAUAGAAAAAAAGUGUAUAUUUUGAAUUGACAAUUGAAUGUAUAAAAAAAGACACAUGUGUAACUUUUUUUUUCUUGUGAAUAUUUCAAGUAGAGAAAAUAAGACAUUGUUUUCUUUACUUUUUUCUUUUUUACCUUCUUAUUCUUUUUUUUCAAGUGCUUUCCUUUUCCUCCUUUCUCUUUGCAAAUAUUUCCUUUCCUUUUCAA